GUCUCCCCGCUCCCAGAGCCGAGGUGCGGGCAGGCUGCCCUUGAGGGGCGGUUAGAGCCGACGAGAAGGGUUUGGGGGCGACUCUGCCCUUUUUGGGGCUUCUCCGAGGGGCUGUUGUGCGCCCCUUGAGGUCCCCCACCCCCCAAAUUCGAUAUCGGUAUUAACCUUACAGACCCUAUGUUCAGAGGAAUCUACAGAGGAACACAAAAGCAUCAAGAUGACCUUUUGGAUGUGGUAGAGAGAGCAGUCAAAGUUGGCGUUAAGAAGUUUUUGAUCACAGGUGGGAGUCUACAAGAUAGUAAAGAUGCAUUGCAGCUGGCACAGACCAAUGAUAUGUUUUACAGUACAGCUGGCUGCCAUCCCACACGCUGCGGAGAAUUUGAGCAGAGUAGCCCUGACCAGUAUUUAUCUGAAUUAAAAAAUCUGAUUGAAAAAAAUAAGACAAAGGUAAUAGCAGUCGGAGAAUGUGGCCUAGAUUUUGAUAGGUUAGAAUUUUGCCCGAAGGACACCCAGCUCAAAUAUUUUGAAAAACAAUUUGACCUGUCAGAACAGACAGGACUGCCCAUGUUUCUUCACUGUAGAAACUCACACGCUGAAUUUUUAGACAUAAUGAGAAGAAACAGAGAGAGAUUUGUUGGAGGGGUGGUUCAUUCUUUUGAUGGCACAAAGGAAGAAGCGGCAGCUAUAAUAGAUUUGGAUCUUUACGUUGGAAUAAAUGGCUGUUCUUUGAAAACAGAAGCCAACUUGGAAACCCUGAAAUCAAUUCCUAGUGAACGAUUAAUGAUAGAGACUGAUGCACCUUGGUGUGGAGUGAAAAAUACCCAUGCUGGAUCAAAAUACGUAAAAACUACAUUUCCUACCAAAAAGAAAUGGGAAAUAGGGCACUGCUUGAAAGACAGAAACGAACCCUGCCAUAUAAUUCAAAUUCUGGAAAUAAUGGCAGCGGUAAGAGAAGAAGACCCGCUCGAGUUGGCCAAUACGCUAUAUAACAACACUAUUAAAGUCUUCUUUCCAAAUAUAUAAAGUUCUUCUUCUUAUACUCACUCAGCAUAACUUAAGACUGAUCAUAUCUGCAAGUUCUUAUCAAUGGAAGCCAGUAUGUAGUGCUUUUUUUGUACAAGAUUAAAGCUGAUUUUGAAAAAGGUG